GAUCAGCAAAUUGGGGUCCCGAAUUUUUUAGAAAAACUAUGACCAGAGAAAUCUUCAAGCAAAUCCUACGAUUUAUUCGUUUUAACAAAAGAACCAAAAGAAGUAGGAGCCAACAAACAAAUAAAUUUGCCUUGGUUUCGAAAAUAUGGGAUAAGUUCAUUGAAAACAGUCAAGCUUGCUAUCAACCAGGACAAAAUAUAACAGUUGACGAGCAAUUAUUUCCUUCAAAAGACAGGUGCACAGAUUUACACAGUAUAUGCCUAAUAAACCCAACAAAUUUGGCAUCAAAUUCUGGCUUGCAUCAGAUGUUAGUAGUAAAUAUGUUUUGAAUGGUUUUCCUUAUUUGGGAAAAGUUGAACAACGAUCAUCGUCAAUGCUUCUCAGUGAACACGUUGUUCUGAAACUUGUCGAGCCAUAUACAAGCUGUGAAAGAAAUAUUACGACCGAUAACUUUUUCACUAGUAUGUCACUCGUGACAAAAUUAUUAGCCAAAAAAACAACUCUAGUUGGAACUAUUAGAGGAAACAAAAGAGAACUACCAAAAGCAACCAAACAAACGAAGGAUAACAUGCCUCGUUUUUCUACUCUGCUAUAUAAAUCAGAGAAUUGUGUUCUUACAAUAUAUAAAAGCAAUCCAAAUAAAAGAGUAGCUGUUCUAAGUUCUAAGCAUAAAUUUGUGAAAAUUGAUAAAAGUAAUAAAAAAAUGUUACCGGAAUCUAUUCAAUUUUAUAACAGCACAAAAUUUGAAGUUGAUAUAGCGGGUCAAAUGGCCAGAAAAUAUACAGUAAGAGCUAGUUCUCGUAGAUGGCCCACCCAAAUAUUUUUCAAUAUUUUAGAUUUGGCUGCUAUAAAUGCUUGAAUCCUUUACAAAGAAACGAUAGGAAUACAAAUACAACGAAAAGAGUUCUUGUUUCAAUUAGCAGAACAGCUU